AUGCCAAAAGUGAUGAGAUCAAAACACGCUAAUCGGUUAUCUUCGACUUCAACUAAACCAUCAACUUCAAUCAUUAAUAGACAAUUCUCAACCCCAGAAACACAUUGUGAAACCUUAAAAGAUAUUAAAGAAUUUGAAAAUUUAUCUGCGAAUACGAUUUUAAAAGAAUUUAAUAAUCCUAAACCAACAAAAGAUAGAACCGUUUUACCACUAGAUGAAAAAAGACAAAAAAGAAUCCAAGAGAUCCGACAAGUACCAAAACCGUAUUCAAAAUCCCACCAAAAGCGAAUCAAAAAGAAAUCCAAAGAAAUUGGAAAAAUCGGAAACCUAGAAUCAGUAAAAACAGCCUUAAAUGAAUUAAAUACAUAUAUCGAACCUACUAUUUGCAGUAGUACCAAACCAUCAAACCAAAACAAAUCAUCAUCAACCAAACCUAAAUCUAAAAAAUCUCCUAAUCUAAACCAAAGAGCUAAUCUUUUGCAUGAAGAAUCAUCAAGACUUCCGAAGAUCUUGAGUCAUCCAGAGUUCAAAUUAGAUGGGUUUUCAGCUCUAAGAACUCAUAUUAAAAAUACAUUUAACUCAUAA